CGCAGUACUAAACAAGCUGUUGUUCGUUAAUGAGCGAGUUUAAUUAGCUCCGUGCGUCUCAUUAAAAAAUUUCGUUUAUGAAACGGUACCAUGCGAGAAUGUACCGUGUAUUUAAAAAAAAAGAUAUCAAUAUUGUCUUGCGUUAUAUUAUAACGAUCCAUAUAACGCAAUAUUUUACGUGCGAUUAAAUAUUUAAAAAUUCAAUAAAGAUUUCCGUAUUUUAUUUAGUAAAAUACGUAAAAUUUUAUGUGAACUAUAACCUUUAUAGAAUUCUAAAGAAAUUGGAAUAACAUUUAAAUACGAGAGACUAGUUUAAAAGUGAAGUGAACGCCAGCCAAAAGUAGGGAAAGUGAGAGUGCGAGUGAAAGGAAGGAAGAGAAUAGAGAGAUAAACGUUUAAAUAAUAAUAGUGGUGGAAGUGGUGUGGGGGGUUAGGGAGAUAGAAGACACAGAAAAGAAAAGAAAGAAACGAUCGAGAAUAAUUCGAUCGUUCGAGAUCGAAAAGCCGAAUGUGGUGCAAACGACUGAUCUGGAUAUUUCUUUGGCUUUGGACUGGUUGCGAUGUUUGGCUUUAGCGAUGAAGCGAGCUGAAUGGCGAGCAGAGCGGAGUAAAGAGCCUUUGGGACAGCUGAACUCUCGAAGAAACAUCUCUCUUCCUUCUAUCUUUAUUAUCCAUCGUAUUCGCGGACGUCACUUCUAUUGCGAUAAGAGAGACCAUCGAGAAGAGAGACGUUUGAAUUUAGCAGAAAAAUAAACAUGGCUACGGCAACGUCAAUCUUGCCGAGUGCGUCGAACGGAGAAAAACUACACCACCUUGGAGAUGGAGGAACGGCUUUCUCCGGUUUACGCAGAGCACUCUCCCAAGUUUCGAUGCUUGUCCUUAAAGCCACGACUUCCGGAGAAGCUGCUUGGCGAGAAGAAUUACUUAAAUACCGUCAAACCAGAUUCAGUUCUAGGAGAGUACGUAAGAGAGUAGUGUUCAAGCAUGGAGAUUGCAACGUCGUACAAGGAAACGUUGCUAAACGUCGUCGUCGUUAUUUGCAGGACAUUUUCACCACUUUAGUCGACGCUCAAUGGCGUUGGACGCUUCUCGUCUUUUCGAUGAACUUUUUACUUUCUUGGCUCGGUUUUGCUCUGAUUUGGUGGUUGAUCGCAUAUAGCCACGGAGACCUUGAUCCACGUAAUUACAACUCGCCGAAUUUUACAUUUACUCCUUGCGUCCAAGAUAUACAUAGUUUCACCAGCUGUUUCCUCUUUUCCGUCGAGACACAGCACACGAUCGGGUAUGGCUCCAAGCAUACGACGGAUGAGUGUCCAGAGGCGAUAUUCGUCAUGUGUAUACAAUCGAUGACAGGAGUGAUCCUGCAAGCCUUUAUGGUCGGCAUAGUAUUCGCGAAGUUGUCUCGACCGAAAAAAAGAACGCAGACCCUUCUUUUUUCGAGGAACGCCGUAAUAUGUCAAAGAGACGGGCAAUCGUGUUUGAUGUUUCGCGUCGGAGAUAUGAGAAAAAGUCAUAUCAUCGAGGCUCAUGUCAGAGCACAAAUGAUCAAAAGAAAGGUGACGAGAGAGGGCGAGCUCUUACCGUUCUUUCAAACGGAAUUAAAAGUCGGCGGUGACGGGGAGGAGGAUAAGAUAUUUUUUAUAUGGCCGACAACGAUAGUUCAUAAGAUCGAUGAACAUUCGCCACUUUAUCAUAUCUCCGCAAGCGAUAUGCUAAGGGAACGUUUCGAGAUUGUCGUUAUUUUGGAAGGUGUGAUCGAAUCGACCGGUAUGACGACACAAGCGAGAAGCUCUUAUCUACCAUCGGAAAUUCUUUGGGGACAUCGUUUCGAACACAUUAUCACGUUCCGUAAGGAAACCGGCGAAUACGAGGUCAAUUACAGUCUCUUUAAUAACACUUACGAGGUCGAUACUCCUCUCUGUUCUGCAGCCGAUCUUGAUCAAAUCAGAGCAAUGCAUCGAGCUAAAGGAGAACGUGUGAGUUCAGGUGCAUUUCCAUAUCACGACGUCUCGAGCAGUUCUCUGACUACAAGUUCCGGUUCGAGUUUGGCCUCUUCUCUCGGUGGUCUUCACAUGCAUGCACCUCCGUUGACUCCACCGACUCCGAUUCCGGUUAUGAUCACUGGUCCUGACGGCACCUUGAGACGAGAAAGCGUAAACAGUAUUCAAGUUGAACCAAGACAACCAAUAUUUUAUACUCCCGACGAGUCGAUCGAUAACGAGUUUGCUUGCGGUGCUACACCCGUAAGUCCGGAGGAAUCAAAAGUGCAAGAGGAAUAUAAUCGUGCCUUGGAGGACAUCAAUGCGACGCUUAGAAAAAAUAGAAAACAACAUAAUUGCAAGGAUGAGAAGAAGAUUCAUCGGGAAGGCUCAAAGAGUACUCUUGAUUUGAAGAAAAGCGACUCGAGGAUUAAUAUUGAAGGAAUGAAAAGAUCAACCUCACGUCCGACCAUCGAUCAAUGUCAAGCUCGCAAUAAAAAGUCAUCCUCGAAGUCGACUUUGGAUCCCGGACAUAACAAAUUUAGGGGCUCGCAUGAAUCUCUUCGUGAUGCCAUGCCGAGGAGAUCGAGUUUGGGCGACAGUCACAAGGCUAAAGACAUGCAAAAGAAGACGUGCUUUGUAUUGGGAAACGAAGAGGAAACGAGAAGCGUCGAGAUAACUAUACCGACGAUAUCAAAGUCGUUGGGAGUUCCUCAGCGAUUAGAAAUCGUCGUUGACUCAGCGGAAUCAAAUCAUCGCUUGGAACGAAUGAAUGCUUGCGAAGACGUCUAAUUUACAGAGUCGAAGGACGAUAGGAUAAUCCAGCAAAAAGAAGAAGGGAUAGUAGAAGCUGCCGAGAACGAGAAAGCAAAUGCGAUACGAACGAGUCGAAGCUAUGGAGGAUCACAAAACUAUAUCCUUACCUAGUAACGAUGAUAGCGGCUCGACUAUGCGUGGUGAUUUCGAUGAGCGUUCAAGACGCAUUUUAUACUGACGUUCGAAACGAAGGAAAUAAAAAGGAGGUAGUGAAAAAAGAAGAAAAAAGUUCUCCUUUGGGAAUCAA